AUGAAUAAUAGACGCAAGCGUAAUGAAGAUACCUCUGAGGACAGUCCUGUGUAUUCAAGGUUGUUUCUAGUUUGCGACAGACGAUAUAAGGAACAGGACUUCCGCGAUGCCUUUUCUAAGUUCGGUACUAUUGAUGAUAUACGCAUCCCAGUUGAUCAUAACACGGGGGAACCGAGAGGCGUAGCGUAUAUAAAAUUCUCCAAAACGUCGGAAGCUGCAAACGCCUUGGAGGAAAUGAACAAGAAGAGCCUUAAACCGACCGAUCGCCCCUUGAAAGUUAUGGUGGCGGCGAAUCGAUCUGAUAUCCACACUGUUAAAAAUGAACAUGAGGACAAUAAAUUCAAUAGACUCUUUAUAACUGUACCUAAAACCAUUACUGAAGAUGAAAUAUAUGAGGUUUUUAAUAACUAUGGUAAGGUUGAAUCAGUUACCAUACAAGAAGAUCGUAAGACAGGGGAACCGAGAGGUUUUGCGUAUGUUAGAUACAAACUCUUUUCAGAAGCAGCUAUUGCUUUUGAACAGUGCCCACACAAGUAUAGAGCUAUAUUUGCACUUCCAAAGCAGGACAGAAAGUCACCGAUGCGUACAUCUUUUGAAUCCAAUAUCAAUGAACUGGCUUCAGCGUCAAAUUCGAUUGAGCGUCCUCACUUGGAUCUCAUUUCUAUGAUGAACACCCGUUCAGCUAAUUUUACGAGAGUUAAUUUUAUGUGUUGUCCACGGUUAUCUCAAAUGCAAGUGGAAUGUCUAUUUGAUAUAAUACCAGGAAUGGUUGAUUGUCAAUAUUUUGUUGAUCCAGUACGUCAAUGUGGAAAAGGAUAUGUUUCAUAUUCUAACCCGAUCUGUGCUGGUUAUGCUGUUCAAAAAUUAAAUGAGUUUGAAUACCCACCGGGUAUGAAAAUUUACGUUAAGCCAUAUAGGUCUAAAUUUGAUUACCAUGAACAGAAUUUUAAUAGGUUACCUCAGGUUGCUCGUACUUUAAGCCAAGCUGUUCAGUCUGCAGCUAAUUCUGCAACUCCUGAUUUAGCUCAGCUGGCUGAAGCUAUAGCAGAAGCGUCUAAGCUGAUUAAAAUGGCAACUACAGGGAUCUCUGAAAAUCAUGACAGUAAUGACUUGAAUUACUGCAGUGUAAAGUUACCCCCGCCCCAACCACUGGCAGAUAUAGACAGUGAAGUUGCUAAAAGGUGUUUCUUGGUAUGCAAGCCGCAACCUCCUCCAUUGACUGUUUUACGUGACAUAUUCUGUAGAUUUGGGGACCUAAUCAAUGUUUACACUUUGCCCAAUAAGACUGUAGGGUAUGCUCGUUACGCCUCAACACAAGCAGCUGAUGAGGCCAUGCGAGUGUUACAUGGGGCUGAGGUUUGUGGUGUUCGUAUUAAAGUUUUAGAGGCAGAAGAUGAGAGCAAUGCUAAGAGGAGGAAGUGUGCAACAGAAUGA